CCUGAAACUUUGUUAUUUUCCCAAGGAGCCUAUCCGAGCCCAGGUCGGACAAAUUCCCAUCUUCGCUAGUUUCAGUCAUGCCGCCUGUGCCAACAAAGCCCAAGUCAAAGCACAAGUCGACUCGCAGAGACCUCGAGGAGCUCGGAUUCGACGGUAGCCAUGCACGGGAGAUCGAACAAAAGAGGAACAGUGGACAGAUCUCGUGUGCUGAAUGCAGGAGACUCAAGAUCAAGUGUGACAAGCAGAUUCCUUGUCAGUCUUGUCGGCGAAGGGGUUGUGCAGCAUUAUGUCCCAAUGGAAGCCUUUCUACGGGUCAAGGAACUCGGUUCGUCCUUGCGGCGACGGAACACCUCCACCGUCAGAUAGCCAAAAUGAGCGAACGAAUUCGGCAACUGGAAGAUGCACUGGGUGAGCUCCAGGCCCGGCAUUCCAAAGAACUACACCCGCUUCUUCGGCCUGACCUCUUGGGGGCAUCUCAACAUGAUGAUGACCUCGGCCUUUCCUCUGCUGCUGACCCCGCAGUCGUAGAGCGCGCUCCUGAAUUAGUGGAAGCAUUGGGUACUUUGUCCAUCUCGGACAGUGGUGCACCUCGCUUCUUUGGAGCCACGGGGGGUUCACAUUGUCUAUUGAUGAGCGAUAAUUUACCCUUGCAAGACUUUACGGACGGUUCAUCUGAUUCGGCGAGGGACUCGAAAAGUCCAGAGCUACCUCAUAAAAUCGAAAUGUUCAUCCCAGCUUUCCCAUUUAAACCCGCUGAUUCGACUCUGAGCGUAGAAGACCUGGUCAACGACUGCCUUCCUACCUGGGAACGAGCGUGUGUGCUGAGAGACGCUUACUUCGAACAAGCGAGCUGGCUAUUUCAGAGCGUGUCCCACGCUCAGAUAUCGGAGGAGCUGCUGCCCGCGUACUAUAUGAACGGCGCACGUCAUGUUACGACAGCGGGCAAUAACCCUCACCUACUCGGCCUCCUUUUCCUUGUUCUUGCGAUUGGUGCUUUGCUUGAUCCAAACCAGGAACCUAGGACCUCGGAGGCAGCUCGUUACCACCAGGUUGCGCAUGCUGCAAUCUGUCUUCAGUCUGUGAUGGAGAAACCAUCUUUGGAGACGAUUCAAGCGUUGCACCUUCUCAGCAUAUACAAUGCUUUGAGCGGGAAUGAGUUCGCUGGCAAGGAGACGAGUAUGGAGACGUCUUGGUCCUUGGUGACCCUGGCUGCGCAUCUUGCUCACACGCUUGGACUUCACCGCGAUAGUCUUAGAUGGGGGCUAUCGCCUAAGAUUACUGAAAGGCGACGGAUCGUGUUUUGGGAUCUGUUUGUGGCAGAUGUUUGGAACUCUCUCGAAGCUGGGAGACCUCCAACUUUCUCUCUUCCAUACAUUGAUUGCCAGUUCCCUGGAGGCGGGUCACCACAUGAUAAGCCUCACACUGGCUCUGAUAAACAGGCUUUCUAUGGACCUUGGACUUUGCGCUUCGCGUCAGAUUGUGUUGCAGAUGUCGCUGCACGAACACUGACUUGCGAUGCCCCAAGUUAUUCCACUAUCCUCGAGCUCGACCAUAAAGUGCGCAAUUUCCCCGUCACUGAAGUUGUUGAAGAGUUUGUUGCUGCUGCGUCUGGCGCUACCCCAGCGAGAACCGUAGACAAGGACAUUGGUGUGAUGGAGUCUAUGGGUCGUUACGUCAUGUCCAAUGCACGGGAAGUCAUCUUGCUUUACAUCCAUCGGAGCUACUUUGCACAAGCUAUCAUCGAGAAUCCCACCAAUCCUCUGAAGAGUGUAUACACACCAUCUUUCCUUGCAGCGUAUCGGGCGUCCUUGACGAUCUUGCAUACUGUCAAGGCACAAUAUGACCUCCAUCCGGAACUCACUGCUAGGCUUUGGCCUAUAUGGACGUAUGCCUUUUCGGCUGCUAUCGUGUUCGGAACGAUCGUGACACGUGGUCCGCGGUCACCUAUGGCAUCCGAAGCGAUGAAAGAGCUUCGUGAUGCUUGUAUUCUUUUCUCCAAAGCAUCGUCAUAUAGUCGGAGAGCACAAAAAGCACUCCCCAUCAUCACCAGAUUGACGGAGAAGGCACAUAAUGCUCUACUCCAUGCACAGAGCGAUAUGCCGAACGAGUUGGGUCAGCAGUGGGGUGUCACUGAAAAUGAGGAUAAUGAUGAAUUGGCCAUUUUUGCGGGCCGGAUGAAGUUCGUGUCAAUAAAAAGUCAGGCGACAGGUGGGGCGUCGGAGCGAUCCCCGAAAUCCGAUGGGUCGAUCAGGCAGUCGAGUAUUAGUCCACCCGUGUCGCCGCAAAAGCAACAUCAGGUCGAGACUUCAGUGCCACGGCCGUAUGGUCGUGAACAGUUGGGUUCCGCAUGGGCUCAGCAGCCUGGUUCUGCGGCUGGUCUUGGGCACUCGCAAGAUACGCCAACUUGGGAUCGGUCGCUUUAUCCGGAUGCUUCAUCCCAGUCUGCCCUCAUGAAAUUACCACCAGCAUCACUGCAAAUAUCUCCUGCUCAUAUGCCGUCGCAUGGUGGGCCUAUCCCGGGACCAUCUUCGCGUGCGUGGUUAUCCGAGCCAUCCAAUCCGUACCCGAUGGCCAAUCUUGGCGCACAGGGCCAUUCACAAGGGCAUCAUCCGCACCAACACCGGUACGACCAACAAACGCAUUAUCCUUUGACGCCUUCCACGUCAUCUACUGUAUCCUCGUAUUAUGAUCAUCCUCUCGCUAGCACCAGUGCGCAUCAUCACCAAAGCGGGCCCCAAGCUUAUCCAUCCACCUCCACACAUCUGUACACGCAACCAAACCCUCACCAGCCAAUGGAACCGCUUCCUUGUCGUCAACCUCCACACCAAUACGCACGUCAACCCACACACCCUCGUCCACACCAACCCCAACCUGUACCACUUGCCCCGCCCGAACUCGCCCAACUCGGUCUCGUUGCACACGAAUCAGGACUUGACCAGCGAUGGACAUCGUUCAUGCGCGAAUCUGGUUUUUUCGAUGGGUAUGGUUACAAUGGCUGAUAUCAGCCACCUCGUUGAUGUGCUGCUCUUCUCUGGGAAAGCUUUCCAGUUUGUUUCGUGGGCCUGGUGGUUGUGUACCCUCGGAGUAACAGAUGUUUAUCUAGGAUUACUGUAAAGUUCAAUUUGUGAUGUCCGUGGUUUGGAUACUGUAGCUGCUGAAAUUUCCUAAUUUUGUUCUUGUUCAUCUGCUCACACCACAGAUUUUAGGUUGCUUUUAAUGAUGAAUGGACUGUGAAUGCUGUACUUGAAAUGUAGUUUAUCAUUUGAUGAAUGACCAGAUUUCAAGUGUAAAUGCACUGUGAAAUGUUUGAGAUGAC